AUGCAAAUAUAUGCAGGGAAAAAUUUGGAACUAACCAAAACUACACCUACAAAUGUGGUAAUGAACCCAUGUCAGCCAAUUUUAAACUGCGUCCGAACUGUUGUCACCGACAACUGGUACACUAAUGUGGAGCUGGCUUCUAAACUAUUAGAGAAGGAAACACACCUUCUAGGUACACUCAAAAAAAAACGUAAGGGUUUACCUAGGGAAGUCGUUGACAAAAAACUGAAGAUUGGUGAACACCUCAUUAGAGAAAAUGCACAAGGCAUAUCUGUUCUAAAAUGGCGUGACAAGCGCGAUGUCCUUUUAUUGUCCACAAAACAUUCAGACUCCAUGGUAUUCACGCAAAAUCGCAUGGGAAAUUUUAAACAUAAGCCACAAAUGGUUGUAGAAUACAACGCUGGAAAAUCUGCCGCUGACUUGUCUGAUCAAUUGACAGCAUAUCAAUCACCACUAAGGAAAUCGUUGAAGUGGUACCGCAAAUUUGCGUUUAAAAUAAUUUUGAAUACUGCUUUAGUAAACGCUUGGAUAAUAUACAAACAGGUGACGAAAGAAAAUAUGCCAAUUGUUGACUUUUGCAAACGGAUAACCUACAAGUUACGUGAAUCCUUUCUGAUAAUAAUGUUGAACCUGACACACAAAGAAUCCGAAAACGACACGAAAUUGGAACUCUUCCGUACAAGAGGCGACCAUGUACCAAAUGUUACGAAAAGAAGACGCAACGGGCUCAAUUUCCCGAUGAUGAAUAGGCACCUAAGACCCGAAGAAUACG